AUUUUACUCCUUUAGGCCGUCACAGCCACAGGCACAGCUCGGCCGCCCUCUGCCUCCAGCUCGGGUCCACAGAUCGGCUACCUUCUGCCUCCACCGCUCGGUCUCCCCUGCCUCCAACUCGUCCUCCCUCUGGCUCCACGCUCCCCUCCCGCAGUCGACACCUCGACCUCCCUACUCUGCCCCAAUCUGUCUCCCAUCUCCAUCUCCAUCUCCAUCUCCAGUUGCAGCUCAGCCUCCUUCCCUUCCUCUCCUUGUCCCAAUCGGCUAUCCCUCUCUCUGCGUCGAACUCGAUUGGGUAUGGCAUCUCCGUACAACCCAGAAAGAGUCGAUAGAGGUAGCAAGGAGAAAGAUCGCGAGGAUGAACACAAUGAUAGAUCAGUUGAUGAGGAACUUAGCAUCACAACUGUGAAGGUUGGGUAUCUCAUGAAGCAUUCUCGUCAAAAAGAUUUUGCUAAGAGAGGCACCUUCCCUGAUGGUGUAACUCCAAACGGAUUGCUGUUUCAGCGCUUGUCUUUUGAGAAACCCCUGCUACCUCAAUUAGAAGAUGUUGACAUAAUUUUGCAUAAAGCAACAGAUGAAAUCAUCUCCGUUGAUUUACGUGACUCCACAGAAUCAUCAAAUGCUAUCACUUACACAAAAGGAAUGCAAGAAUUGAAAAGAUAUAUGGAGCAGCAUGUUGAAUGCUGUGUAAUCGAUCCACUUGAUAAAAUAUAUCCUGUUGUGGAUCGACUGAAAAUACAACAAAUUCUGAAUGGGUUAGAGGAUCUUCCCAAAGGACGCUGCUGCAGCAUUAGAGGGCCCAAUUUCCUAAAGGUUGAUGACUUCAAUGACCCUGAGAUGGAUCAAAGACUAUCUGCUGCGAAAUUAUCCUUCCCAAGUAUAGUGAAACCCCAAGUUGCUUGUGGUGUUGCUGAUGCUCAUAGCAUGGCCAUUGUCUUUAAAUCUGAAGAUUUUAAGAACCUAAGUGUUCCUCUACCAGCAGUUGCUCAGGCAAGUAUGGACAUUCUAGCUGCUUUUGAAUAUGUAAACCAUUCAUCAACGUUGUUCAAGAUUUAUGUCAUUGGCAAGAAAGUUUUCUAUGCCGUUAAGAGGUCUGUACCAAAUGCUGAUAUAUUGACGAAAAUGGCAAUUGAAAAUGGGAGUUCACCUUUAAUCUUUGACAGCUUGAAAUCAUUACCGACUAGCACAGACAGCUUACACGGUGGGGAGUCCUCCAGGGCCACUUCGGACCACUUUGAUAUUGAUUUAGUCACAGAUGCUGCAUAUUGGUUAACCAGAAAGCUUCACCUUACUGUCUUUGGCUUUGAUGUUGUUGUUCAGGAAGGCAGCAAUGAUCAUGUCAUUGUGGAUGUAAAUUACCUUCCAUCAUUUAAGGAAGUGCCGGAUGACAUUGCCAUACCAGCCUUUUGGGAUGCGUUAAGAGAGAAGUUUGAAUCCAUGAAAAUCUGAAAAGCCUGCCAAGAAGGUCGUCUGCAACUCCCAUGUUGUAUCAUCUUUAGUUAAUAAAGCUAACAAAAGAUUAGCUGAUGGAACUUGUUUCAUGAGCUUUGAUGUCUAGUCGGGUCUUGGGUUGAUGAAUUUUCUUUCAGCAGAAUCAGUGUAAGGUGCCAUUUGCUCCAGUUUUGACAACUUUGGGGGACCGACAAUAACAGCUGACGAGGUUUUUAACCUUGGUUGAUGCAAUAUUCAUGUAAUUUGCAUUUCCACUCUUCCAUUGUUAAUGACCGAGGAAACAAGGCCGAACUGUGCGUUUACUUCAACCAACACUCUUAUCAUGUUUUACAAAAUUAGCUUACAGUGG